AUGGAGAAAUCCACUGACAAGCCAAACAAGGAAAACAGAUCGUCAGCUCCUGGAGUACUGCAGGCUGAGGCAGACAGUCCAGCGCCCGUGGCAGGAGGUGCUGCAGAAAUGAGCAGAGCAGGAUCCGUAACACAAAACUCAACUCAUGAGAAGAGAGUGGGAUUCACUGAAGAGUGUACUGAAGAAAUGGAGAGACCUUCAGGGACCGAGAGAGACAGUCCUGCUGCCUUUAAACCAGCAGUUUUGGAGCGAGACUCUCCAAACUCAAGGCCGCUCGCUGUGCUAACGGACACAAACUCUCCCGAAAUGAGCACGUUGGAACUGAACCACCAGUGCUCAGACACAGCCACCCUGGACAUGGACUGCAUGAUCUGCUUCAACAAGUACAGCAUCUACAGAGUCCCAAAGCUCCUGGACUGCCAGCACACCUUCUGCGCUGUCUGCCUCAAGCUGAUCCUCAGGAAAGAGGAGAACACCUGGACAAUCUCCUGCCCUCUCUGCAGAAAGCCCACCUUUGUGUCAGGAGGGCUCAUCCGCACACUCCAGAAUAAAGAAGACGUCCUGGAGCGCUUGGAGAACCUCGAUUCAAACCCUGAGGUGUACGUCUGUGCCAUGGGGCUGGAUGGCAACAGCUGGACUCAGAGCAGCCAAGACAUCUUGAACACGGGGGAAACCGGCCCAGCACACAGCAGCCUGGCUGUGCAGAGACUCCUGCUGCUCCUGCUGCUGGGGGUGAUCCUCGCCAUGCUCAUCCUCCCCUUUAUGUACUCAGGGAGGGUGAAGUGGGUAAUUUGUCUCCUGCUUACUUUGGGGUUGCUCAUGUCUAUGGUGCUUUGCUGCACUCCUAAAUUCCACUGCAGGUGCAAGAAGGACUCCCCUGCCUCCUGUGACAAGGAGAUCCACGUUGUUACUGUUGCCUGA